AUGGAAGGUCAGCAGGGGGGAGGCGAUGGUGCCGUGGAGGAUGUGGCGCGCGACAUUGAGCGCUUCCAGCUCAGCGGCGAGGGCGGUUACCAGCCGCAACGAGGCUCUGCAUCCGACGCACCGCAUGCUGCACCACCCACGGGGGUGGAGCUGCAGCGACGCAUCUUCACCCACAACAAGCCCCACUCAUCGGGUGGCCUGCAAUGGGUCGACGAAGUGGAGCUCAAGAAGCAGCGCAGCGUGGCAGUUGAUGUCUUGAAGCAGUUGGGGCAAAACAUCCUCGAGGGCAAGGAUCUCACCAAGAUCGCUCUGCCAGUAUACUUGUUCGAGCCUCGCUCCUUCCUCGAGCGUCUUGCCGAUGGCUUUUCCUUUGCUCCCCACUUCCUUCGCAAGGCCGCCGAGGCCAAGGAUGCGCUUGAGCGUCUGAAGUACGUCAUCGCCUUCAGCGUUGCCGGCCUGCACCUCACCGCCACCCAAAAGAAGCCCUUCAACCCCAUUCUUGGUAUGCCUGGCCUUCCUAUUCCGAUGGACUGCUACCGGGUCAUUAACGACAACGACAACAACAACAACAACACAGGCGAGACGCACCAGGCCUUCUUCGAGGACGGCACGGCAGUGUACUGCGAGCAGUCGUCGCACCACCCGCCGGCAUCGAACUUCCAGGUGCUGCCGCCGGACGACGCCUACCGGCUGUACGGCUUCGGCAUCUUCUCCGCCCACUGGAAGGGCAACGUCAUCCACGGCCUUCAGAAGGGACCCAACCUCGUCGAGUUCCCCGCCGAUGGGACGAUUAUUUCGAUUGAGUUGCCGCACGCCAUCUUCAAGGGCCUCAUCUGGGGCGAUCGUAUUCAGGACUACGGCGGCUCCAUCACCUUCACCGACAAGAAGAACGACCUCGCCUGCGAGUUGACGUUCGAGGCUCCGGGCUGGGUGGCUUCCUGGUUCUCCACCCCCAAGCACCCGUCCGAUUGGCUGAGCGACGUGCUGGCCAAGGUCGAGGGAUCCUGGCUAUCCCACGUCGACGUUGAUGGCAAGAGGUACUGGGACCUUAAGGAGGUGGCGCCGUGGUCCAUUCGACCCGCGGACAACCCGCUUCCGUCGGACUGUAGAUAUCGAGAGGACCUCCAGGCCCUCCUGCGCGGCGACGAGGAAGAGGCCCAGCGGCUCAAGGUCAAGCUGGAGGAGAAGCAGAGGAGGGAGGCCCGACUGAGGGACGAGGGCGAGGCCGCGGCUCGCGCGAAGAGGUCUCGUGGUGACAAGGGCGCCAAGUGA